GAAAUACAAGAGUCACUGAAAUAAAUACUACAUUUCAGAGUAUACUGAAAGGUAAAGCUAACUUGAUAAAUUUUCCUAUAAAAGAAAUUUAAAUAUGAGUGUUAACGAAGAGGCACCACAGUAUGGCGUUUUCUUCGGAGUAAUGGGAGCUACAAUGGCCAUGAGCUUUAGUGCUCUUGGAGCAGCAUAUGGAACAGCGAAAUCUGGAAUAGGGAUUUCAGCAAUGGCUGUCAGGCGACCCGAGCUAAUCAUGAAAUCCAUAAUACCAGUAGUUAUGGCUGGUAUUAUUGCUAUUUACGGCCUCGUAGUAGCUGUCCUGAUAUCAAAUGGCAUAAGCUCUCCCAAGGAUGGCUAUAAACUCUACAGAGGAUUCCUUGAUUUCGGUGCAGGCCUCAGCGUCGGUAUCAGUGGCAUGGGAGCUGGUUUUGCCAUAGGCAUUGUAGGUGACGCUGGGGUAAGAGGAACUGCCCAACAACAAAGAUUAUUCGUCGGAAUGAUUCUCAUUCUCAUCUUUGCAGAAGUGCUUGGACUGUAUGGAUUAAUUGUGGCUCUCAUACUGACGACUAAACUUUGAAAGCUGAACAGCUGCUGUUAAGUAUAUUCACAUAAAAUGAAUUGUGUUCGAAUAAUAAGAAAAAAUUACAUAAUAAAUUAAAUAUCCAAUGAAUGAUGAAAAAUCCUAUUUUUAUAUGAGUUUCCUUUUCUGUAGAAAAACUGUUGAACUUCUGCUAAAUUUCUGUUUAAAGUGCAGUUGAUAAUCUUUAGGAAUUCUUAUUAACUAAGACCUAGAAGUGAGUUCGGAAAUAAUUUUAAUUAAACUUUUAUGAAAUGAAAAUGAUGCAUUUAUUACAUACACUUUUAGGCUCCAAAUAUUUCUCAUGCUUUAUAGUAGCAAAAUGCAAAUAUAGAUUUACUAAUGAGGGGUUACCUAAAUCAGUUAUCCAGGACUAGCUACUUGAAAACAAAUAUCUUUUCAUUUAAAUUGUCGAAACAGCUUUAUAAUCAUUUAAAAUAAGAAAAUAGGAAUUAUAGAACACGAAUAUUAGUUUUAAAUAUUCCAAAGAAAUAGAAGAUAUGUAUUAAGAUUGGAUGAAAAUAAUUCAGAUUGUUCUAAGAAUUCUUCAAACUUCUGUUAUUUUUUAUUACAUUCGCUUGAAUAUUUUGUAAUA